AUGAACUGGGCCUUCCUGGAGGGCCUCCUCAGCGGGGUGAACAAAUAUUCCACGGCGUUCGGUCGCAUAUGGCUCGCCAUUGUUUUCAUCUUCAGACUCUUGGUGUUUCUGGUGGCUUGCGAAAAGGUCUGGGGCGACGAGCAAAAGGACUUCGACUGCAACACCCGCCAGCCCGGCUGCCACAACGUGUGCUACGAUCACUACUACCCCGUCUCCUACACGCGGCUCUGGGCCAUCCAGCUGAUCUUCGUCACCUGUCCGUCCCUCCUCGUGACCCUCCACGUGUCCUACAGGAAAGACCGGGAACGGAAGCGCCGGCUGAAGCACGGAGAGGACUGCGUGCCUCUGUACGACGACACGGGGAAGAAACGCGGGGGUCUCUGGUGGACCUACUUCUUUAGCCUGCUGUUCAAGAUGACGGUGGACGCCGUGUUCAUCUUCCUGCUGUUCCACAUCUACGAGGCCACCUUCUUCCCACCGGUGGUGAAAUGCAGGGAAGAACCGUGUCCUCAUGUUGUGGACUGCUACAUCGCAAGGCCCACAGAGAAGAAAAUAUUCACCGUCUUCAUGGUGGUGACCAGCUUCGUGUGCAUCGUCCUCACACUCUGCGAAAUGUUCUACCUGUGUGGGAAAAGGUUCUGGGAGUGCUGCAGGAGGGGUGAACCUCGCUUCGAGAGGGAGAACGCCCGGAUGAUGACCACGACCAACAUGAGCGAGAAUGGAAACUACAAAGAGAAGGAAAAGAUCUGCUUAACGACAAUGUAG